CUCUCCGUCCCUCCGGAAUCUCCACGAGGGCACCGCUUUCUCUCUCUUACUUCAUCCCACUACUUUCUCUCUCUAAACGAACCCCUCUUUCUCUCUCCUAAUUCGCGAUCUCUUACGCGAUCCGCCAAUGCUGGUUAUUGUGGUAGUUGCUUUAUUACUGAAACAAGUUGUUAAUGGAGAUGGGCUUUCUAUAUAUGAUAUGAUGAGUGGUUUGAAUUGGGUUUGAAUGAUGGCGGGAAAUGUGAGGUUUGACUCAAGCUCAGCUACUCCUGAGGAAUACCCUUUUGGGAACUAUCAAAAUGGGCAGAGGGGAAAUUAUCCUGGUUCCAGCUUGGAUAGGUCAGGAAGCUUCAGAGAGAGUGUUGAGAGCUGCAUGUUUAAUUCUAUAACUAAUAUGUCCCGUGGGAAUGCUACAUCAAUGGCAGAUGUACCUCCACUGAUGUUGGAUCCCAUUACAAUGGGAGAUCAAAAAUAUAUACGGUCAGGAGAGUUAAGGAAAGUGUUAGGAAUUUCUUUUGGAAGCACUGCAGAAGAUAAUUCUUCCAGAGCCUCUCAUAUGAAGCCUCCCCCUCCAGUUGAUACAGAGGAACUAAAACGGGUUAAAGAGAGCAUUUUAGAUGCCUGUAGAAAGGCCAGUGGUAGGGUAAAAAGGUUGGAUGAGUCCUUAUACAAACUGAACCAAUAUUGCGAAGCUCUAAGUUUGAAGAAGCAACAAAGGAAUGAGAUGUUAGCAACUGCCCGAUCUGGUGGUUCAAAUUUGCUGAAGAUGGGUUCACUAAUGCAUCGAAACCCUACUGAUUUAGUGAGUCAAAGACUUGAGGAAAGGACUAAGAAUGUUGUUCUGAAUAAGCGUGUUCGCUCCUCAGUAGCAGAAUUGCGAGCUGAGGGCCGCAGUAAUAAUCCAGCUAGGCAGAAUCUAGUCAUGGGAAGAGAUAGGGACAUGCCUAAGGAUGGUGGUGAAGGUUCUGAUCUGGUUGAAGACAAGAUACGUAGAUUGCCUGCUGGAGGAGAAGGAUGGGAAAAGAGAAUGAAAAGGAAACGUACGGUAGGAAAUGUUUUCACCAGACCCAUGGAUGGUGAUGGGGAGCUUAAACGGGUUAUGCAUCCUAAGCUUAAUAAUGAAACCAGUCUUCAAUCUUCUGAUGCUCAAGGAUUCAGAUCUGGAUUGUCUAAUGGCCCAAAUGGAAUGAACAAGUUUGACAAUGCAUCCCUAGCUGCCAGUCCAAAUGUCCGUGGGAUUCCAAAGAAUGAUAUAGAAAAGCUCUCUCUCUCAAGGGACUCCAUGGUUGGAUCAACCAAGGAGCGAACUUUAGCAAAAGGAAAUACAAGAUUAAACAUGCGUGAGGAUAACCAUACAGUGAGUCCUAGUACGGUGACAAAGGGAAAGGCCUCUCGGGCUCCUAGAACAGGUCCUCUAACAUCAACAAACUCAUCUCCUAAUUUUCCUUGCCCAUCUGGAACACUUGAUGGUUGGGAACAAUCUCCUGGUAUAAACAAAGUCCAUCCAAUUUCUGGGGUUAACAACCGUAAGCGUUCUUUGCCCAGUGGAUCAUCCUCAUCUCCUAUGGCUCAAUGGGUUGGUCAGAGACCACAAAAAAUUUCUCGUACAAGGAGAACAAACCUGGUAUCUCCUGUCUCAAACCUGGAUGAGAUGCAAGUAUCGGGAGAAUUGUGUCCCCCUGAAUUGGGCCCCAAAAUGACUUCUAUCGGGACUAAUGGGCCACUUCUUUCCAAGGGAGGCAUUAAUGGCAUUCAAAAGCGAGUGAAGCAGGAAAAUAUUUCUUCUCCAGCUAGGUUCUCUGAAAGUGAGGAAUCUACUGGUGGUGAAAAUCGAGAAAGUAGAUUGAAAGAUAAAGGAUUAGGCAAUAAUGAAAUGGAGGAAAGAACUGUAAAUGCCCCUCAGAAUGUUGGAUCUCCCUUGUUAUUUAGAAAGAAAAAUAAAAUACUCAAUAGGGAAGAAAUUGGAGAUGGUGUACGGCGACAAGGACGUACUGGUAGGGGCCCACCAGCUUCCAGGGUUAGUGUUUCACCAAUGAGGGAGAAAUUGGACACUCCAGCCUCAACCAAGCCACUUAAAAAUUCAAGGCCUACUUCUGAUAAGAGUGGGAGCAAGUCAGGGCGCCCCCCUCUAAAGAAACUAUUAGAUCGCAAGGUAACGCGGGUUGGGCUCACACCAACUGGUUCCCCAGAUGGCACAGGUGAAUCAGAUGAUGAUCGUGAAGAACUUUUGGCUGUUGCUAAUUUCGCUAGUGAUGUUAGCUCUCUUAGAUGUUCUAAUUCAUUCUGGAAGAAAGUGGAACUAACAUUUGCUUCUGUCAGAAUAGAAGAUAUAUCCUGCUUGAAGCAGCAGUUAAAAUCUACUGAGAAACAUCAUGAGAGCUUAUCCCAGGGUGAUCUGGUGCAUGAACAAAAUUCUGUGUCCCAAAUUCCUGAUUUUGGAGAAAGACAGAGAAGCAUGCAGAGUGGUAUUUGGUCAAACGAAUCAAGGACUGCUGAUAAGGUUGAUCAAGUUCAAGAUGAUGGUAAUCUUUCUGGAAGAUCAAAUGUGGGAAGAGGCAGCAAAAUCCCUCCAUUGUACGAGAUAGUAUUGUCAGCUCUAAUUGUGGAAGAUGAAACAGAGGAAUUUGAGGAAAAUGGUGGACAGGGCAAUAUUUUUUUUCAGUAUGGUAGCGAUAAUAUGCCUGGUGGUACAUGCUCUCCUGUUGAUUCUCGGACUACAAAGAGGCCAAGACUCGAGGUUGAAUAUGAGUCAUUGUGUCUUCAGGACAAUGGACAGAGUAAUGUUGACAGAAUCUCCUGUAAUGGGAAUACAAACUUUAAUAGGAGCACUGGCUUCCAUGCCAAAGCACACAAUGAUGAUGUGCUCCUAGAUGGUUGUAGAUUUUUAGAUUCAGAAACCGGAAUGUUUUCCAAGUUUCCCAAAAGUAGUAGUGAUGGAUCACUGUCUGUGCACAUAACUUCUGGUGGAAUUUCUUCCCCUGAUUGCCAAUAUGAGCAAAUGUGUGUGGAUGAAAAAGUCAUGAUGGAACUACAGAGUCUUGGUGUUUAUAUUGAUGCAGUGCCUGCUCUAGCAGAUGGAGAGGAUGAAACCAUUAACCAAGACAUUGGCAAACUACAGAAGGAGCUCUGUCAACAGGUUGAUAAAAAGAAGGCACACCUGAAAAAGAUAAUUAAAGCAAUGGAGGAGGCCAAGGAACUUGAGGGAUGGAACCUUGAGCGCGUUGCAAUGGACAGACUUGUUGAGCUGGCUUACAGAAAACGGCUGGCUACACGGGGAAGUAGUGCUUCCAAAAGUGGUAUCCCUAAGGUUUCAAAACACGUUGCCCUUGUUUUUAUGAAAAGGACUCUUGCUAGAUGUCAUAAAUUUGAAGAAACUGGCAAAAGUUGCUUUACUGAGCCUGCACUUCGGGAUGCCCUUUUGGCUUCACCUCCUUGGCAAAAUGAUGCCCUUGGUCUACCUGAGAAUCAAAACUACCACAUGGAGCCUGGGAUGCAAGGUCCUCUCACUAGUAGAGCUGAUCGGCCCCAUAACGAUAAAAUGGAUGAGGUUCCACUUGACACCUUUGGCAGCACUUUUACAACCUCCUUAGACCAGGACUUUGCAAAAACUGGGCCAAUAUUAAACAGGGGGAAGAAAAAGGAAGUGCUGCUAGAUGAUGUGGGGAGCGCUUCCUUGAGGACUGCAUCAGUGCUUGGGAAUACUUUGUUGGGUGGAGCGAAGGGAAAGAGAAGCGAAAGAGACAAAGAUAUCAAAAGUUCUGUUGGCAAAGCUGGUCGUGCAUCAAUAGGUAAUACUAAAGGAGACCGCAAAACAAAAUCAAAGCCUAAGCAGAAGACAGCUCAGCUCUCAACCUCCGGAAAUGGAUUUAUCAACAAGUUUGCAGAGACAACUCAUCCUGUGUAUCCCUCAGGUAGUGGCAAUAAGAAAAGAGAAGUUGGGUCAAUGCCCCAUGAUAACAUUCCUAAGGAUGAAUCUCGAGCAAAGGAAAAUUUAGAUUUGCAGCUACCUGGAUUCUCCAUGGAAGAACUAUGGUCGAAUAUUGAAGUAGAUAAUUUACAAGAUAAUGAGCUAGAGGGUCUUGGAACACCUAUGGAUGACCUUUCAGAUUUAAAUAUGUUCAGUUAAAUAUGUUCCGAGGAAGGCUGCAUACUGUACAUUCCCGUGGAUUAUUCCAACUGUUCAGAUAAGAAUGAGCAUGCCGGCAUCAGGGAAACCUGCUAAUACAGUUUAUACCUAUGAUCAAUUAGCGCUUGUAAUUAUCUCCAUUUUUUUGUUAACUUCUCUGAUGAAGUUACUAGGAAAUAGAAAGCCCAAAUUGUUUAUGUGGUUCAAACGAUCUCAUCCCUUGUAACAAAUGACAAUUUUCAUCAAUAGUCUAUUUGUUUAUUCUGUUCAUUCUUUGUCCUUCCAAAUAAUCCAAAUCUUCUUUAUGCCGGUGACUUCAUUGUUCCCAUUGAAGAUCGUUUAGUCAGGGCGUACUGCUUCAUUUGCUCGUCUUGACAUUGAAGGGUUAGUGCUGCACCUGUUCUUCAUUGUUCAGCAUGAUCUAUUGGAUUUGCAUAAAGUAUUUCCAGGUCAAAAACUGGACCGAUGCUCAUUUCAAACCAUAUUACACAAGACUUAUCAAUAUUGCUAUCUUCUUGCUUUCCGUAGGACAGAAGAGAGUUGUUCUACGGUUUUAAAGAUAAAACUUGCACAUGGAAGAUGAAGGCCCUCGUUAUACUCCACUUCAGUAAACUCUGCUCGUGUUAAUGUUCUCUUGUAACUCCAGGUUGCAGCUCUUGGGUCACCCCUUGCUAUCGAUACC